UUUGUUGUGUGUUGUGGAUUAAUUUAUUAAUUAGUUUUCGUUAAUUAUUUCGGCGUAGUCAGUAGCAUUUUAGUGUGCAGUUUCCACAUUUUAACGUAAAUUUAGUAAUAUAAAUUUUCGUCAAAAUGUUGAAAAAGGAAGAACCACCCAAGAACCCCAUUAAAAUGUCUACUGUUUCCGGAAAGCUAUGUCGUGAAAUGUUGCGUGCCCAUAGACAGGCGCCAAGAGUUGUACCAGCUUUUUCCUAUCAAGCUUUACAAAAGAAUACAAUUGUUCUUCCUCCACCCAAAAUUAAUGUUUACCAAGCACGUCCAGUUAAGCAAACGAAUUUCGAAAUUUAUGUUCUUCGUGGAGAUAUUCCUGUUGUCAAAGCUACUCAAAAAAAGCGUACUGAGCGUACUGCGGACAACAAAAUCGAGAAAAGUGAGCGGAUUAAAGGCAGUCCAUAUUUGCUGAAAUGGUUAUGCCCACCUCAAAACUUAGAUUAUUGCUACUAUUUUCCAAUUUUUAUAGAUGGACUUGCAGAUAAUAAGCCAGAACUACGCCUACUGGCAAAAUAUGCCGCCAUUGAUUUAAUAAACAAAGGUCCCAACAAAAUAUUACCAGUAUUGCCCCGUGUUAUAUUGCCAUUUAAGAGAGCAUUCAAUACUCGACGUAAAACUAUUAUUAUUGAUGCUCUUAAGGUUUUACAGGAGAUGGUGCGUGUUGCUCCUUGUGUUGGACAGGCCUUGGUACCUUACUAUCGACAAUUACUGGGUGUAUGCAAUCUCUAUAAAAAUAUGAAUGUGAAUCUUUUGGAUGGCGUUGAAGCGGACCGUUCCAAACGUAUUGGAGAUGUGAUUGAGGAUACCUUAAAACUGUUGGAACAAUGUGGUGGCCCUACAGCUUACUUGAAUAUUAAAUACAUGAUUCCGACUUAUGAAAGUAUGGUUUCUCCAAAGUGCGGUAUGGAAGAUUUCGAUCCAAUUUAUGGAAGAUAGUAACCUUCAGACUUUAAAUUGAUAUGUUACAUGUUGAUUUUUUUAUAAUGAUAUGCACACUAAAUGCACUAAAAUUACAAAAAAAUCACAAGUCAACUGCUUAUGUAAAUUCGAAGUUUCAGCUAAAAUUCAUUUAUUUUUCAAUAUAAAUCAAAGACUACGCCGAAGUCAAUGUGUCUGUGCGUAUCCUUGUUACUUUUUUAUAUAUAAUAUAUAUUUUUUUAUAAUAAACCGAAUUCAUUG